AUGGAUCAACUAAUUGUCACAGGAGCUACGCCAGAGCGGCUUGAGCGUGCAAGAACUCUUCAGCGUAAACUCUUGGGGCUCAUCUCUGCGAGGACAGGCUUAUUUGAACUUAUUCGAACACCUCGAGAGUCAAGUAUUAGUUUUAAUUGGAGGGUUACGAGUCCUGAAUAUGAUGGAUUUCCUAGUGAACCGGACGAAACAAGACGCGAUGUCCAAAAGUAUACGAGAAUUCGAUCGCAUGAUUUCAUAGAGUCUUUGCUCGGGCGUUCUCUUAAUGUUCGACCGCAUUGGAUUAGUCCGGUCUUAAAUGAUGAACGGUUCAAUUCCUACCGAUGGCAGUUCGGCGAGACGUUUUCCGAGUUUAGGCAGAAGUCUUUCUCGCAAUGGCUUUGCGCAAAUUAUUUCGAGCUUAACAAUUCUUUAGACACUGUGGCUCUAACAGUUGUUCCAAUUCGUGAAUAUGAAGCUAGCCAGAACAGAAUCUCAACGAGAUUUUGCAGGCCAAAAGCACAGGUAUCGAUCAGCCAGAUGUCACCUUCAGCAAUCGUACCCUUCCAUGAGAAUGGGACACAGAUACCAGCAAGCGAAAAGGUUCAAUGUAACGAAGCGUCUACAAGCAUCAUAGCAGGCAGGCUUCAUGAGGAACGCGGCACGUCGGAUCUCGUACUUCUAUGUAACCAAGCAUGGAGCCACUUAGAGAAUCAGUAUACAACGAAUGACUGCAAAAACAACUAUACUAAAGCCACGCUCAACAAAGAAUUAUCUUUUGCAAUCCAACUAAAAGAUCAAAUUCGACGUGCCAACGCACUUGAGAAUUAG